UUCAUUGGUUAAUCAUAACAUUAGGGGGUAACUAAUACACAGAAGAAAACAAAGAUUCCCUUACAUCCUAUCGUAAUCAUAAACCCUACUCAAUAAUAAGAAUUUAAGUUACCAUUAUCAAUUACUAUUACACUGUUAAGUCUUAUUAAACACUGAUGUGGAUAAGGCCUGUGAGGACAAGGUGUGUUGUUUCUCAGAGGGCAGAUCUGAUGGCUGUGCAAUGGUCUCAGAGGGUUGAACAGGGUGUUUUUGCUCCUCCUCAAGCUCCUGAUAUGGCAGACUGAGGGGGAUGAGGUGUCACUUGGUGGAAACGAUCAAGUAAAAACGUACAGCAAUCAAAUGAACUCCACUGGGGCAAUCUUUGAUAACGUGACUACUCCACCUUUCUUCGGAAAGCCGGCGAAAUCAAACUGCCAUAAAACUGAGCACCACUUUCUAGAAACAUCAUGGGAUGUGGAGUCAAAGUCCAACCAGUUUCACAAACAGUCUAGAAAAGCCAUAAAAGCUGCCAUCCUGAUUCAGCGGUGGUACCAUCAGUAUGUCGCCCGUGCAGAGAUGAGACGAAGAUACACUUGGCAUAUCAUCCAGUCCAUCGAAUACUCUGGAGAACAAGCUCAGAUAAAGCUUUAUAAUUUCCUUGGCUACCUCAUGGACAAUUUCACACCAUCAAGCAGUGAACGAAAUUUGAUCUCGCACAUCUUCAAAGAGAACGAGGUUUGUCGGGAUGUAGAGUGGGAGAGGUACUUCUGCUAUAAAAACAUAGAGGUGCCAGAGAUUUACUCAGGACCUCACCUCACCUUCCCCCUGACGGUGGAGCAGGCAGUUGGGCUGGUGGAGGCCUUCAGGAACAAGAAACAGCUGCACUCGCGCUACAUCCUACAGCUCCUGCUAGAGACAUGGAAACUGCUCCAGAUGUUGCCAAAUAUCAACCGUGUCUCCACCUGCCAAAGCAAAGAAAUCACUAUUUGUGGUGAUUUGCAUGGGCAACUGGAAGACUUGCUGUUGAUUUUCUACAAGAACGGCAUGCCGUCCUUGGAAAAGCCCUAUGUAUUUAAAGACUUUGUAGACCGAGGCAAAGACUCCAUUGAUAUCCUCCUAAUCCUGUUUGUUUAUCCAAGUGACGUCUACCUCAACAGAGGAAACCACGAGGACCAUAUAGUGAACCUGAGGUACGGCUUCACAAAGGAGGUGCUCAACAAAUACAAGAUGCACGGCAAACGGAUCCUGAAGCUGCUGCAGAAGAUUUUUAGUUGGUUGCCGUUGGUAGUGAUCGAUUAGAAGGUGCUAGUCCUCCACGGUGGGAUCUCUGACGCCACAGACCUCAGUAUCCUCGCCAGAGUGGACAGACACAGGCUCAGAAAUGGAUGGGGAAACAGGUUCUUCCAGCGUAGGGCCUCCCUCACGUACCCCAAACCUCUGGGAGCCGACGACAGCUUCCAGAACCACUCACUGCAGGACUUUUCUCGCCGGAUCAAAGUGAAGGUGGAGGACAAGCUGGAGAUCUGCAGGAGGAGGCAGUCCACUUACAAUAAAUCAGAAAAAGACAUGGCUCCGUCAGUGAUCACAGACUCUGCCAACGAUGAGUGGAAACAGAUCCUGGACCUGCUGUGGAGUGACCCGAUGAGUCAAGAAGGCUGUAUACCCAACGAGGUGAGGGGUGGAGGCUGCUACUGGGGCCCCAACGUCACAGAGGACUUCCUGAACAGACACAACCUGCAGCUCAUCAUCCGCUCCCAUGAGUGUAAACAGGAGGGUUAUGAGUUCUGCCACAACCGCAAGGUCCUCACUUUGUUCUCCGCCUCCAAUUACUACAAUGUGGGAAGCAACAGGGGGGCCUACUUGAAGCUGGGUCCAGACCUUGUGCCUUAUGUGAUUCAGUACCAGGCCAGCAGCAUGACCAGAGAGCUCACUGUGAGACAAAGUGCUGCGAGAACCAAGCGCUCAGCUCUUAAAGUCCUGCGGGAACAGUUGUUUGUGCACAAGUCAGAUCUCAUCGGUGCUUUCAAAGAGUUUGACAGUGAGAAUACUGGUCUUGUGUCUCUGAACGACUGGGCCACUGCAGUGGAGAGUGUGAUGGACCUCGAUCUGCCCUGGAAGAUGCUGCGUUUUCAGCUGGUCACCUGCAAGACCAGUGACGGCAGGGUAGACUACUACAACUGGUUCAACGAGCUUGCCAUCAAAGGACCCAACACAGAUCACAUUGACCAGAGUCUGCUUGAGACUUUGUAUCGCCACCGCUCCACAGUGGAGACAAUCUUCAGAAUUGUAGACACAGACAACUCAGCCUGCAUCUUUAAUCACAAUUGAGGACUUUCGGCAGACCUGGAAGCUGCUGAGCAUCUACCUAAAGUUGGAGAUUACAGACAAAGCCAUCUCAGACCUGGCCAUCACCAUUGAUGGUAACCAGGACAGUAGCAUUGACAUUGAUGAGUUCAUGGAAGCCUUCCGCCUCACGUACAAGAAGAGCCAACUGGACCAAGGACGCAGCAUGUUUAUGGGCACGGGCUCCGACCUCACAAAGUUGGAGGGAGGCCCUAACACUUGAGCAGAGAGGGAGGGAGAAUUAAAAAAAGAGAGCAACCGCAGCUCAGACUCUUUGCCAGCUGGGCAAUUGGCGGGGGCGGGGGGUUAUCCACUGAGGAAGUGUGGGUUAAGUUAGAGUAUUUAAAGCUUACACAAAAGCAAUUUUAAGGCUGCAUGAUUAUUAAAAAAAACAGUAUGAGCUACCAUGAUCAGCUAUUAUAAUGACUUUUGCAUUUUAUAGUUUAUGCAAAAGAUUUUCAAGUUGGAGAGAGCAACACUUGUGCACUGACACCAGAGGUUUUUAAAUGGACAAAAUCUAAAUUUACAAGAAAUGUUUUAUUUUUUAUUCUUCAUUUAGUCCUCAUGCUGUAACAAUCUCAAGUGUAAAGUUGUAAAAUCUCUCCAUAUGAAGUAAAAGGGUAUCAAAACUUCCACUUAAUGUGCCUUCUGAUGGUGAUACGCUGAUCAGCCAUAACAUUAUGACCACCUGUUUAAUAUUGCGCAGGUGCCCCUUUUGCUGCCUAAACAGCUUUGACCUAUCGAGGCAUGGACUCCAGAAGACCUCUGAAGGUGUCCUCUGGUAUCUGGCACCAAGACAUCAGCAGCAGAUCCUUUAAGUCCUUUAAUUUGUGAGGUGGGGCUCCCAUGGAUCAGACUUGUUUGUCCACCACAUCCCAUAGAUGUUUGAUUGGACUGCGAUCUGGGGAAUUAGGAGACCAAGUCAACACCUUGUACCCA